AUGUCCUUGUCAAGCUUGAUACAGACUGUCAAACAAGCCUUCCCAGGCAAGCCUCACUACACAGAAAAGGAUGUCCCUGAUCUCACAGACAAGGUCGUCAUCGUGACUGGUGCCAACACGGGCAUCGGCAAGGAGCUCUCGCAGAUCCUCUACGCCCGCAACGCCCGCGUCUACAUGCUCGCCCGCUCGCGCGACAAGACUCUUGCCGCCAUCGACGACAUUCGCCGCAACGUGCCCGGCUCCGCAGGCACGCUCGAGUACAUCCACCUCGACCUGGCCGACCUGACGACGAUCCGCACCACGGCCGACGCCUUCCUCGCCAAGGAGGACUCGCUGCAGGUGCUCUUCAACAACGCCGGCGUCGGCUUCCCCGAGCACGGCUCCACCACAAAGCAGGGCUACGAGCUCCAGCUCGGCGUCAACUGCCUCGGCACCCUCGCCCUGACCGAGUGUCUGACCCCGGUCCUCGAGCGAACCGCCGCCGCUGCCUCCGCUUCCAAGUCCUCCUCCAAGUCAUCCAGCAGCAGCGUCCGCGUCGUCUUCACCUCCUCCUCGGCCGCCGAGGCCAGCCACCCGGCCAAGUACAUGAGCACCGUCCGCAAGUUCGCCCAGGACCCCCACGCCAUCCCCACGUUCCCCAGCUACGCGGCCAGCAAGCUGGGCAACUACCUGCACGCGGCCGAGUACGCGCGGCGCCACAGCAGUCCAUCUUCGUCGCCGUCGUCAUCGUCGUCGUCCAUCCUUGCCGUCUCGCUGAACCCGGGCAACCUCGACUCGGACCUGUGGCGCACCCAGGGGGCCGCGUUCCACUGGCUGCUGCGCACCUUGUUCUUCUACCCUGUCGUCAACGGCGCGUACACGACACUCUUUGCCGGCUUCUCGCCCGAGGUCAAUGACAAGACUUCGGGUGGUUUCGUCGCACCAUGGGGCCGACUCUGGCAGACCUCACCACCGCUCGCCAAGGCCGCGACCCCAGUGUCCCAGGGAGGCUCGGGCACGGCCGAGGAGUUUUACGAGUGGUCGCUCGCGCAGAUCCGGCCUUACCUCUGA